GUUUUCCAACGCACGACCUCUUCUAGAGCUUCUCUGCCUAAGAAGCACGCGUCUCGAUUCUUAUGCCCCGUUUACUGUAGGUGAAGAAUCCCCUCCAGUCCAUGCAAAAGCUCACUAGUCUCACACGGACAGCUGAAAUUAGGGAGAGAAAAUAUGGGUGUAGUGAGAGGGAUUCUGGUGGAGUCCGAUUUACUGAUAUCUCCCUCCGCCGGCGAUGCAAACGGAGAUGCCGUCCUCCGUCCCGGCGCCGAUCUACUGCUGCGCAGGCUUCGCUACUCCAAAAUCCCAUUCGGCAUAUCCCAUGAACCAGGUCCUUCUAGGCCAAAAGAGUGUCUUCUGCAAGAGCUGGCUAAUACCUACUGCUGCACUAACGUCUGCUUAUCACCAGAGGAUGAUCUUUCUAGUAAGGUUGCUCAUAUCUGGGAGGGCAAUGGAGGAACUUUCAUUUAUGUCGUAAGUGGUUGCAAAGCGGAUAUAUACCACAAAGAGGCUGGAGUUGGCUGGUUGAAGGUUAUAGUGGGUUCUGCUGAAGAAAAUCCAUUUAAUGAUCCCGGAUAUGAUGUUGCAACUGGGACAUCAAACAUCUUUAUCCAGAAACUUGAAGAGCUGCUGUUGUUGAUCUGCAGUUUGAAUAAAAAGGCAAUGCAUGGCGAGGGCUUGAUAGUGGGCUACGUGAUGAAGCCUUCUCGAGAAGAAGAUUUUGCAAAGAGAGGCGCCUUUCCAUUGCGUCCAACACAAAAUGGGCUGAUGUUUUUGCCCCUUCAGUAUGAACUUCCCUUAACACACCAGUUAAAACUAGUUGAUGCAGUUCUUCAUAAGGCAACAGAUGAAAUCUUGGCUGUUGACAUGUGUAGUCCUUCAGAAUUAAGUGAAAAAGUCACGUUUACAAGUAAUCUACAAGAGUUGCAAAAGUGUAUGAAAUCACAGCCUGUUUGUUGCGUAAUCGACCCAAUUAGUAACAUAUCCCCUAUACUUGAUCGUCUGGAAAUCCAGCAGAUUCUAAUUGGCUUGGAAGCUCUCAACAUCCAUGGCCGUUCGAAAAUAAGAGCUCCCCAUUUUCUCAAGGUCAGUUAUCAUAGAGUAUAUCUUUCUUACGAUGACAUACUCUCAUCGAGUUUAUUGUUUGGGAAGAAUCUGUGUACACGUUAUCAGGAGUUUCCGUUACAGUUGAACCUCAGAUUGCAGGUUGAUAGCUUCCAUCAGCCGUAUUUGGAGCAGAGGCUAGCAGAAGCAAAGUUGUCUUUACCUAAUAUAGUGAAACCUCAAGUUGCAUGCGGUGUAUCUAAUGCUCACAGUAUGGCAAUUGUUUUUAAAGUGGACCAAUACAAGGAUCUCAAUGUUCCUCUUCCAGCAGUUGUUCAGGAAUAUGUUGAUCAUUCAUCUUUGAUUUACAAAUUCUAUGCCUUGGGCAGCAAGGUCUUUUAUGCUGUAAAAAAGUCGAUUCCCAAUACUGAUAUCUUAAUGAACUUAUUUGCGGACAAGGGAUCGAAACCUUUACACUUUGACAGCCUAAAAUCUCUACCUGUUGCUACAGAACAACUCAGUGCUAGUAACCAUCAGCUUGAUCUUGAUCUUGUUAAUGAUGCUGCCAACUGGCUUAGAAGAACACUCGACCUUACAAUAUUCGGCUUUGAUGCUGUUAUUCAAGAAGGCACUGGCGACCAUGUAAUCGUAGACGUGAAUUACCUGCCAUCGUUCAAGGAAGUUGCUGAUGGUGUCGCUCUACCUGCCUUUUGGGAUGCUUUGAGUGAAAAGAUAGCUUCUGAAAAGAAUAAACAAUCGAAUGAAAGUGAAACCUCUUAAGUUUUCUGUUUUCUCUAUUUUUGUGAUCAAUGCAGCAGACACUUUUCAUCUGAACUUGGAGUGUUCUCUUUUAUUAUCUUUGAUAACAAUUUUCUCAUUAUGAAGUAUUGAUGUAAGAUUUUAUAAUGGUAGUUGUGAAGGAAUGUUUAAUAACACACGUUGUCACUCGUCUAUAGUUGACCAUAAUUCAACACCUUUCAGUCAAUACA